CCGAUGAUGUCGAAGAGGUUCAAGGUCAAGUAGCGGUUCAAUGAGAAGGGCGAAGACGACUGGAUAUAAGAAGAUAACGCAGCAGUUUUAUUUUGUAAAUAAUUAUCAACGUUUAAACACAAUCAAUCGAAACUCGACCUCCCCAAAUCCAAUAUGACAGACAUUGAGGAUACUCAUUUUGAAACCGGUGACUCCGGGGCAUCUGUGACCUACCCGCAACAAUGUUCUGCACUGCGCAAGAACGGAUUUGUUAUGCUUAAGGCCCGUCCCUGCAAGAUUGUCGAAAUGUCUACUUCGAAGACCGGCAAGCACGGACACGCCAAAGUCCAUCUUAUAGGAAUCGACAUAUUCACAUCAAAGAAAUAUGAAGAUAUUUGUCCAUCUACGCACAACAUGGAUGUACCGUUUGUCAAGCGAGAAGAUUAUCAGUUGACGGACAUCUCCGACGACGGGUAUCUGAGCUUAAUGGCUGACAACGGAGAACUCCGCGAGGAUCUGAAAAUUCCAGACGGGGAACUGGGCUCCCAAUUACGUACCGACUUCGAUGCUGGCAAAGAACUGCUUUGCACCGUUCUUAAGGCGUGCGGCGAAGAAGUGGUGAUUGCUCUUAAAAACAAUACUGCCCUUGACAAAUAAUUGUGUUCAGUUUACCGCAACUAUCCUCAUCAGCUGCUGGACCAAUCGAUAUCCUGUCAUUGGCAUGGAGGAGUUAGUAACAUCAGAAAUGCAACAGCUCGCCAGCGGUGAAAAAUAACUUUUUAUCAAAGUAACAUCUACUUACUUACUUACCAUUAUCUAAACAACCAUAUGCUAAAGAUUUUUAUGCGAUGUAAGUAAACGAGAACUAGGAAGCAAUUUGCGUUCUAGUUUUGAGAAAACAGAAAAAAAAACAAAAAAAAACACACAUACAACACGUUGUUUGUUAUACACAAGAUACGGCGGCAACUUUUCAUCAAAGGGUUGAUUGAAAAAUAAAAUUUACAUAAAAGCCUUCAA